AUGAGUCAGCCCCUGUUGAUGAUGCAGCGGUCAACAAACCCUGGCAAGAGCCCAGCCGUUACGGGAUCUGAGGGGCAAAAGUAUCCACUGGCUGAUGCUGGACGCACACAUGUCGGAUUCGUCAGCGGAUUUACCCAAAAGUGGGCUCACGACAGCUUCGUGGUGGCAGUUGCUGCACACCGAGAAGACUCCAUAGACUUCGCAUGGAUUCGGAAGGUGCGCGUGGGCCAGGAGGUGCAACAGACCGAGCAUGUCAGCGUCACGGAUCCCGUGUGGAACGAGAAGUUUGAGUUCUUCAUCCAGGGGACGGAGGUGAUCAUCUUCUCCAUCUGGGACUACGACCUGACAGGUGGUGAG